AUGACAAUUCCUUCUCCAUUUGAAAUAUGGCACUACACAUUAUUACAACCGAAAAUUCAGGACCUUACGAGAGACAAGGGUGGUACCAUUACUGACAAUGAAUGCUUGAUUAAGUUUCUCCGAUUAGUGUUCGCGGACAACAUUGCUUGUCCAUUGGUUGUCACUGUUGCUGUUGAAUCAAUAAAAGGCAUUGGUAUUAUUAAUAAACUAAAAGGAAACUACGAUCAGGCACUUCAUAUUUACAGUCAAGUGGUGAAAAUGCGUGAAAAUAGCGAUAUUGAUCGUGCACGUCUCAUUGAUAAUAUGACGUUGGUCUAUGUGAAACAGAAAAGCUACAAUGAUGGCAUAAAAUACCACCAAAAAGCAUUAGACAUAUAUAAAACACAACUACCGUCACAUCAUGCCUAUGUAGCAUUAUGUCUAAACAGUAUGGGAGAUAUUUACGACAAAACAAAACAUCCUGAUGAAGCUCUUCAACAUUAUUGUCAAGCAUUAGAUAUUUUUGAAAGAACGUUACCAUCUGAUCAUAAAUACAUGUGA